AUGCUUCAUAAGGAACAACAUCUAGCUAAUGUAUCCUCCCUGUCUGGGUUUCUUCUCCUGAAAUUCUCAGAAGUUUGGGAAAUGCAGAUACUGUACUUCAUUGGAUUCCUUGUUUUCUACCUGGCAGCAGUUGCAGGAAACCUUCUCAUCAUCUCUGCAGUUGCCUCUGACCACCACCUGCACACCCCCAUGUACUUCUUCUUAAUGAGCCUGGCCAUACAGGAUGUGGGACAAGUGUCUGUCAUCUUCCCCAAAGCCAUGGCCAAUUCCCUCAGGAACUGCAGGCACAUUUCUUACUCUGGAUGUGUGGCUCAAGUCCUCAUGUUUGUCUUCUUUAUAGCUUCUGAUUUCUUUCUUCUCACUGUCAUGGCGUAUGAUCGGUAUGUUGCCAUUUGCAAUCCACUGCACUAUGAGAUUCUGAUGAAUAAGCAUGUUUGCAUUCGAAUGAUUGCUACUGUAUGGAAUGUCAGCUUUUUCUACGAUGUGUUGCACACUGGAGGCACCUUUGCAACCCCCUUUUGCUCCAAUGACAUCAAUCAGUUUUUCUGUGAAAUCCCAGCCUUACUGAAGCUUGCCUGCUCUGACUUCCAUUUAGCUGAAAUAGUGGUUCUUUUUGUAAGUGCUAGCAUUGGGUUAUGCUGUUUUAUUUUCAUAGUUGUAACUUACGUGCACAUCUUCACUGCAGUCCUGAGGAUCCCCUCUGCGCUUGGACGACAAAAGGCUUUCUCAACCUGCCUUCCUCAUCUCAUUGUUUACUCCAUGUUUAUAUUCACUGGAUAUUUUGCCUACCUUAAACCCACCUCUAAUUUCACUUCACAUCUGGAUUUGGCAUUUACUUUGCUGUAUUCCAGUUUUCCACCUAUGAUGAAUCCCAUAAUCUACAGCCUGCGAAACAAGGAUGUAAAACAUGCUCUGUCAAAGUUAUUUGGUUUGAGGUCUUCUUUUAGGAAUAAUCUCUCAAUCCUUGUUCAGCAAAGGUGA